AUGUCUGCCUACCCAUACGAACCAGAAUUUCAACAAGCUCACGAUGAGAUUAUCUCUUCUUUGAGAGACUCCACUCUAUUCCAAAAUAAGCCUGAAUACGAAAAGGUUUUGCCAAUUGUUGCUGUUCCUGAGAGAAUCAUUCAAUUCAGAGUCGCAUGGGAAAACGACCAAGGUAAGCAAGAAGUCGCUACCGGUUACAGAGUUCAAUACAACUCUGCUAAGGGUCCAUACAAGGGUGGUCUACGUUUCCACCCAACUGUCAACCUUUCUAUCUUGAAAUUUUUGGGUUUCGAACAAAUUUUCAAGAAUGCUUUGACCGGUUUGGAUAUGGGUGGUGCCAAGGGUGGUCUAUGUGUUGACUUGAAGGGUAGAUCCAACAACGAAAUCAGAAGAAUCUGUUACUCCUUCAUGAGAGAACUAAGCAGACACAUCGGUCAGGAUACCGAUGUUCCAGCUGGUGACAUCGGUGUCGGUGGCCGUGAAGUCGGUUACUUAUUCGGUGCUUACAGAUCUUUCAGAAACUCUUGGGAAGGUGUCUUGACCGGUAAGGGUCUAAACUGGGGUGGUUCUUUGAUCAGACCAGAAGCUACUGGUUACGGUGUUAUCUACUUCGCCCAAGCCAUGAUUGACUUUGCUACCAAGGGUAAGGAAUCUUUCGAAGGUAAGCGUGUUGCCAUCUCUGGUAGUGGUAAUGUUGCUCAAUACGCCGCUCUGAAGGUCAUUGAAUUGGGUGGUAAGGUUGUCUCCUUGUCUGACUCUAAGGGUUGUAUCAUUUCUGAAACUGGUAUCACUUCUGAACAAGUUGCUGCUAUCGCAGAUGCUAAGAUCCAUUUCAAGAGCUUGGAACAAAUUGUCGGUGAAUUCUCCGCUUUCGCUGAAAACAAGGUUCAAUACAUUGCUGGCGCUCGUCCAUGGACCCACGCUGGUAAGGUCGACAUUGCUCUUCCAUGUGCUACUCAGAACGAGGUCUCUGGUGACGAAGCAAAGGCACUGGUUGCCGCUGGCGUUAAGUUCGUUGCUGAAGGUUCCAACAUGGGUUGUACCCCAGAGGCUAUCCACACUUUCGAAGCUAACCGUUUGACCGCUUCUAGCAACGACACUGUCUGGUACGUUGGUGGUAAGGCCAGUAACUUGGGUGGUGUCUUGGUUUCCGGUUUGGAAAUGGCUCAAAACUCUCAAAGAAUGACCUGGACUAGAGAGGCCGUUGACCAAGAACUAAAGAGAGGUAUGAUCAACUGUUUCAACGACUGUAUCUCUGCUGCUCAAACUUACAGCAACGAGACAAACAAGCAAACUUUGCCAUCUUUGGUCAAGGGUGCUAACCUUGCCUCUUUCAUCAAGGUCGCUGACGCUAUGUUCGACCAAGGUGAUGUCUACUAA